UUGUAUUCUCAGUGUGGCCCGCAGUUUCUAGUGGAAAUUAUUAUAGAUCCGCCAUUCUUCGUGUUUUUCUAACCGGAAUUACCGAUCCUCGAUUCUCCCUACCACUUUCUAACUCGACGUAAUAGUUACCUUCUUUUUUGUGUGUCAUGGGAACUGGAGUGAUGCUGUGAACUUCAAUGUAUUCACCUUAAUAGAGGCUGUGACUCAUCAUCAGCCGAACUAUGCCUACUGUGCCAAGGGCAGGCAGUUUAAAGGAUCCAGAGGUAGCCGACCUCUUCGAUCAUGACGACCCGGACCGGAUUUUUGAAGACCUUCGAGAAAUUGGACAUGGAAGUUUCGGUGCCGUGUACUACGCCCGUCAUGCCUUCACCAAGGAGAUUGUGGCCAUUAAAAAAAUGUCCUAUAUGGGGAAGCAAUGCCAUGAAAAGUGGCAGGAUAUCCUUAAAGAAAUCCGUUUCCUUCGACAAUUGCGCCACCCUAACACGAUCGAAUAUAAGGGAUGCUACCUCAGAGAACAUACGGCAUGGCUGGUCAUGGAAUACUGUCUUGGCUCAGCUUCCGAUAUAAUCGAAGUACAUAAACGGCCAUUACGUGAAGAGGAGAUUGCGGGCAUAUGUGACGGAGUUUUACGUGGUCUAGACUACCUACACACAAUGAAUCGAAUUCAUCGUGACGUUAAAGCUGGCAAUAUUCUCCUGACUGAAAUUGGGACUGUUAAGCUAGCUGAUUUCGGAUCGGCAAGUUUACAUUGUCCAGCCAAUAGUUUUGUCGGAACUCCAUAUUGGAUGGCGCCAGAAGUUAUCCUUGCAAUGGACGAAGGACAAUACGAUGGCAAAGUGGAUGUCUGGUCAUUGGGAAUCACUUGCGUUGAAUUAGCUGAGAGGAAACCUCCCUAUUUCAAUAUGAACGCCAUGAGUGCCCUGUAUCAUAUAGCGCAGAAUGAUAGCCCUUCGCUAAAUUCUUCGACUUGGUCGGAAGUGUUUCGUCACUUUGUAGAUUCAUGUUUACAAAAGAAUCCAUCUGAUCGUCCCACUGCUGGUCGACUUCUACAUCAUCAAUUUAUUACACGUCCAAGACCUGGGACUGUAAUAAUUGAUUUGAUACAUCGCACUAAAGCUGCUGUUCGUGAUCUGGACAAUUUAAACUACCGUAAAAUGAAGAAAAUCUUGAUGGUUGAUUCUUGUGAAACGGAAAGCAAUACUGGUGAUGCAGAAGGCGAAGAAGAACAAGGCGGUGAUAGUAGUAAAAGUAAUUCAAUAACGUCCGAACAGAGUAUUCAAUCAACCGGCAUCAGCGCUAGUUCACAAAGUAGCUCUACGAGCAGCAUUCCGCCACGCGCAGCGGAUCCGGAAAACAGCUCGAUAUAUCCCAUGUCGGUUCGAAAUCGAACAAAGUCGCUGCACGCCAACAACUUGUCGGGUGGGAGCGACGGUCUAUCACUUAGCACCAACGCAACCAACAGCCUGAAUACCAAUCACUUCGCUACCAUUAGAACUACGUCGAUCGUUUCUAAACAGCAAAAAGAGCACAUGCAAGAAGAAAUGCACGAGCAAAUGUCUGGCUACAAACGCAUGCGCCGAGAACACCAGAGUGCUCUGAUCAAGCUGGAAGAGAGGUGUAGAGUAGAAAUGGAGGGUCACAAGCAAAUGUUGGACAAAGAAUACGAAACGUUAUUAACAUCAUUCCGCAAGGAACUGGAAAAGCUUCAUGUGAAACAUCAACAAGAACUCGAACGCAAGCUGAAGCAAAAUUUAUCCGGCGAGAAAAAGCUGACCAAAGAAAUCAACGCGCGACAUUUGCUCGAGCGGAAAAAUUUUGAAAUUCAAGUGCGUCGCGAAUACAAGCAAACUAAAGAAAGGUGGAAGCAGGAACUCAGCAGCGAUGAGAGCACAACCAAACGCCAACGAGAUGCAUCUCUACAGAAUUACAAAGAUUCAUUGAAGGCAAUCGAGGCACGUGAAGAAGAGCGUUUGACAAAAAGUCAGAAAGACUACUUGGAGUUAGAGGUUCGCAGGUUACGACGUGCUAAACUGUUGUCUUACCACCGACUGGAGCGAGAGCUUCUAUGCGAGGAGCUAAACAGGAGGCAAGCACAGUUGGAAACGGCGCACGCUAUGCUGCUUCGCCAUCACGAGCUAACGCAAGAGCUCGAGUAUCGACAGCAGCGAGCUGUUCACAUGCUGAGAGAGGAGCAACUUCGGCGGCAACAUCAGACCGAACUUUCAAACCAGCAUGAAUACACUCAGCGAGCUGAGCGCGAAUUGCGAAAAAAACACGCAGUCGAGCUAAAACAACAACCUAAAAGUCUGAAGCAAAAAGAAAUUUUAAUCCGUAAACAGUUUCGUGAAACGGUAAAGAUUCAGACACGUCAGUACAAGGCACUCAAAGCUCAAGUAUUGGCAUCAACGCCACGAGACCAGCAAAAAAGUGUCAUUAAAAAACUCAAGGAAGAUCAACGGCGUAAAUUGGCUCUGCUUGGUGAACAAUACGAACAAAGUAUCGCUGAAAUGCUUCAAAAACAGUCGAUACGCCUAGACGAAUCGCAAGAAGUGGAAGCCCAAGUAAUGCGGGACAAGUUGCAACGAGAGUUGGAAAUUCUUAUGGCUUACCAGUCAAAAAGUAAAAUGACAGCAGAAGCACAGCGCAACAGAGAGCGAGCAGAGCUGGAGGAGAGGGUUUCAGUACGCCGAGCUCUUCUUGAACAGAAGAUGGAAGAAGAAACGCGAGAAUUCUUACGUGAACGCUCCGACCGGAUCCGUCUGCUUCACGAAAAUCAGGCCAAAGAAUUAGAACGUUUUGACGACGAAUCCGUGAGACUCGGCUUCAGUGCACUAGCCAUUGCUGAACCUCCCCGCGAAACGUAUGGAGAUGAAGACUCUGACAGUAUCACGGGAAGUACGCUUAGCCUGAAUCGUCCAGCGGUACCGAACCACCACGGUACAAAUCACUCAGCGGCAACCACCUCAGCAUCGUCAUCUCCAUCACCAUCUUCCUCGUUCACUCCGUCAGCCAAUUCGGUUUCUUCCAACUUUGCCUACACCGGACGUCCAUGAAUUGUGUGGCAAUCCACUUAGGUGUUACCCGACCUCUCACCCUUGUAUAGUAUUUACUUUCAGCACCUCCGCACGCCAUCAUAGAAGUGGCAUAGGAAUGAUGGUCGAAUCGAUCCCCAGCAUUAAAAGCAGGACACGAGCAUGCACGCUUGCCUCCCAACAGAUUGAUUGAUAUAUAGCCAAUAGGUUAUGGAGAGGUGAAAGGAGGUGGUGGGCAAUUAGUCAACACCCUCUUCCGAAUCCAUCUCGGGUGAACCUGCUUUUUUUUUAUUUGUAAUUAUCCGUAUGUUCAACAGGCCAUAAAUCCGCAUGAUCCUUGAAAAACAAGACAAAGAAAUAGUAACCACAAUUACAAAGAAAAUGUAUAAAAAGACAAAAAAAAAAAAGAACAAACAAAAAGGAAAAGAAAUUUAAGAAGAAAAAAACAGAAGUAUAUACAUCAGAAGAUAGACUGCUAUCCAUCUUGACAGUAGACCCCCAUUCUCUUUCGGUUUCAUCGUCCGAGACUAGUAUGGUCAGGCCGAUAUGGUAAAGCCUCUCCAAUUAGCUUAUGCAUCAUUGCUUUUCCACCUGAAAACUUUUUGUUGCCCUAAGGCAAAAUCUGUUGAGGCCCUGGAUUUUUUUUUUCUUUUUCACUCCCUUUUUCAUUGGGGAGGAUUCAUGCAAGUGGGUAUGCUAGACAUUAAUUUGACUCGUGGUACAUAUCACAUUCGAACUUCACCCGUACUGUUCACGAAUCUAAUGACACGUUUCCCUGCUUUGUAGCAAUUUGCCUGUAAAAACUUUGUUUUGGAAGUCCAGUAGCAAAAAAGCGUCGCGACCUAUGACUAGUUGGCCACGAGUCCUGCUACUGCAACAAACAACAAAAGAAGGCGGUCUCGUGCAUAUUAGAUCAAAAGUGAUGUUUCUUUCUACCCUAAUCGUAUUGCAUUUGAUUAUCGCAUAGUUGACUUCGUCAUAAACAUGCCAAUACUUUACCUUUUCCUUUUCGUUGAAAUCCGAAACAUCCAAAUUACAUAGGACGAUUGAAUUUAGCAUCUUUGAAUUUCUCCCUGUUAUUCAGGGUACUCCCAAACAGCCAGAGCUAACUAUUAGUCAUCCGUUGAUGCUUAAGUUAACUUGAUCCAUUUCUCUAAUUCAUUUUGCUUUUUUUCUAACUAUAGCAAUUAAUUUGUCCAGUUGAUAGAAUGCGUGAUUCCGUGUAUAUAUAUCUUGUCGGCGAACAAAAGAAAGUUUCGGACACGUUACACGCUUGCAACUGGGGAAAAUAUUGGGAUGAAAGUGGCCUAGCAAAAGAAAAAGAAAAUCUCGAUCUGUGAGCACGUUUUACAUCAAAAUGAGCGAAUUGUAUUUCAACAAAGGGAAAAUCUUAAAACAUCUCCAACGCCCUUUGUGGAAAAGUUCUUCCUUAUGCCAACGUUUUCCCACGACUGUGUAAUAACCACCUCGCCCCUAGCAAUUGCUCUUCAGUGCUUUUCGUUUAAAAAGUUGCCUACUUCUUCGACGUCUUUGAUGACUUUGAAUAUCGGCUCACAUAACGUGCAAAUUGUUCACCUCAAAAAUAGGGUCAAGAGGCGACAAGAGUGUAGAAUUUCUCGUCAAUGAAAUAUUUGGACAAUUGUAUGAGUUUUCCCUUUUCCGACGUAUUCCGUGUAUUUUUUUUUCUUUCUUUUUUAUUAUCAUUAUUUUCGUUCUAUGCCCGACUCCUUAUCUCUGCCACGAUUUCUCUCCUGGAAUUGUUCCACUUUUAGAUUUGUUUUUUUCUUUAUUUUAAUCCUUUGCCAGAGGAGGGCGGAGCUAUUUUUGGGUUAUCUCUCCCGACCUAUAGGGCAUCCAAUACCUAAGUUCUACAUAGACCCUCUUGAUCCUGUCUGUUACAACAAACGCAAAGGAUGAGUGUUACCGGAACAUAUUCGAAUACAAUACACUCGUCAAAUUUUA